AUGGAAGACUCGAUAUGGUCAAUCUAUUCUUGGAUAACGGCGCUGACACAAACCACUAUCUACGAAGAACAUGGACCGGCCCUGUUCAAGGCAGUGAAACACAAACAGCAUGAAAUAGUCGAGGUUCUUGCGCAAAGAACGGACCGAAUCUCCUGUACUAGAGUUCUUGCUCUCGGGGCGGAGCAACAGGGCACUACAACCGCUAACAUCCUUCUUGGACACGAUGUUAGCUGUGAUUUUGAAAAAUCUGAUCAGCCUGGUCCACCUGAUCCGAUCUCCUGGGACCACGACUCUGUUGUGUAG